GGGCCGGGGAAGGGCGGGCGGCUUGGGCUCCUCUGCCCUCCCCUGCUGGGAGGCGGCAGCGGCGGGGCCGGGGAAGGGCGGGCGGCUUGGGCUCCUCUGCCCUCCCCUGCCGGGAGGUGGCAGCGGCGGGGCCGGCGCCGCAGCGCUGGGGCCGGGCGGCGGCCCGCCCGCUAUGCCUGCCGGCCCGCCGUGAGUCGCUGUGCGCGGCGCCAUGGGGCCGGAUCCAGGCUGGGCCGCGCUGGUGCUGCUCUUCGCCGCCUCGCUGCUCACCGUCGCGGCUUGGCUGCUCCAGUACUGGCGGUCCGCGGCCCUGCGUGCGGCGCGGCGGCGCGGGGCAGCGGCGGAGGAGGCCGGGGCCCGUGCGCUGCUGGCCGCGCUGCUCACCCUGCGGUCCCUGCGGGAGCAGUGGCAGAAGGCCUGGGUGCGAGCCCUCAACAGCCAGGCGCGCCGGAAUGGGAGUUCGGUGCAGAUCACGUUUGAAGAGGGUCCUCAGUUGCCACUGGCUGCAGAUGUAAGCCCCGUGAUGUGCAGGGCACAGUCGGAUCACAGCAUGGUGCUAUGCUGCCAUCUGUCAGCUGAAGCUGUGAAGUUUCCUGUCGCUGUUACUCAGCAGUCCCCAGCUGCUGUUUCAGUUGACACCUAUCAUAUCACUUUGGCUGUGCUGCAGGCUCAGGUGGAGAUUCACUUGGAGGAGAUACAGAAUGAAGGUCUCUUGGUGUCUUGGACAUUCAAGGGCAGACCAGAAUUGAACCUUUCUGUUCUUCCGAGACUUCAGCUUUGUGAGAAUGAAGGGGGGGUGGAUCUGUCUACCAUAAAGGAUCUGAUAGAGGAUACCAUUGUCAGCACGCAGCCAGCCAUGAUUGUGAAUCUGAAGGCCUGCACUGCUGGGGACAGUGUGGUACCCAGCAAUAAGCUGAUUCAGGAGCCCCCAGCAGAAACAGCAGCAGCCCCUCUGGGUUCAAAGCUAUUGCUCCGGAAUCUUCGAGUGCUGAACUUGGGCUGCCAGGGGAAGGGAGGAGUUGGGGAGAUCUGCUGCAUGGCAGAGCUGGACAGCCCCCCCCAGCAGAAGUGGACGAGAGCGGUGGCAGCCAGCGGCACAGGGGCUGAGGUGGAGUGGACAGAGGAGCUCUUUCUGGAGUUGGGACCUAGAAGUAAGGAGCUGAAGCUACAAGUGGUGGGCAUCAGUGACAGUGGGGGAAAUGUGUUGCUGGCACAUACUGCACUUUGGCUUGAUUGUUUGGGCAAACACCCGUCUGGGAGACAGGUCUGCUCGCUGACCCCAGGGGCUGGGCGGUCCCUGACGCCUGAGGCUACCAUUGUGUUGGAGCUGCUGUUCCAGGAGUCUGCUGUGUCCCUGAAUGCUCAGCACGCCCCUGCUCUGCGGCCCAGCAUUACCCCUACCAAGAAGGUGGAGAUGGACAGGACCAUCAUGCCCGACGGCACUAUUGUUACUACUGUCACCACCAUUCAGUCCCGGCCCAAGGCAGACUGCAAACUGGAUUCUCCAUCAAGAUCACCUUCCAAGGUGGAAGUGACUGAGAAGAAGACAACUGUGCUUCUGGAAAAAGCUCCCAUGCCCAGUGGUAGGUGUGAGUGCUUGGAAAUCUGGUGCCCUUACCAGAGCAAUUCAUCUUCCUCAGCCUUUGGGGAUAGCCACGUGCCAAACGGCCUGGAUCCGGUGGCUGAGACAGCGAUCAGGCAGCUAACCGAGACCAACAACAAGCCUGCCAAGAAGACCCCUACGAAGCGUAGCACCCUCAUCAUCUCUGGAGUUUCCAAGGUGCCCCUUGCUCAGGAUGAAAUGGCACUGUCCCUGGGUUAUGCUGCGUCCCUGGAGGCUGCGGCGUACGCGGGCUCUGCGGCAGAGGGCACAGCUGAGCAGGUUCGCGACUCUGCCGAGUCCUCUCAGCUGCUGGAGGAGUCACUGCCGGGACAAAGAGCCAGUCAGGAGCUGGAUGAGACAACACGAUCUGACAUAUCUGAGAGGCCUUCGGUGGAAGAUGUUGAGUCUGAAACUGGCUCCAUGGGAGCACUGGAAACCAGGAGCUUGAAAGAUCACAAAGUUAGCUUUCUUCGGAGUGGUACCAAGCUCAUCUUCAGGAGGAGGAGCAAACAGAAGGAGGCUGGGCUGAGCCAGUCACACGAUGACUUAUCCAACGUCACCACCAGCUCUGCUGCGAGGAAGAAAGCUGGCAGCUUCUCCCACCGUCUCAUCAAGCGCUUCUCCUUCAAGUCUAAGUCAAAACCCAAAGCUAGUGACAGCACAACAGCAGGUGAGAACUGAAGGAGGGAGAAGCCCCUCAGAAAGAUUGUGCAGAAGUCCUUUUCUACUCUGUUGUCUUUCUGCUCUGUGGUAUCCGUGACCCACAGUCUAGUUCCUUCCAGCCUUGGCUGAGGGAGGACACCCCAGUGCUUUGCACCAUUUGGGGAGUGGAUGUGGCAAACCCAAGGCCUAGGCUGCUCUUUGGCCUUGGCUUAACCUUUGACUGUUGUACCCUAUUGUGCUGUCCCAGAAAAAUCCAGGUGGCCUGCUGAUGGCCACCAGGGGCCCCAGGAGCUGUGGAAGUGACUCUGCCUGUGUAGCUGUCUGGCGUCACCGGGUACACCCUGGAAGAGGGGUGGUGGGCCCUGAAGUGGCAACCCUCAGAGCUAACGAUUGAGAAAGCUCUCAGUUAGCUAUGUCGCUGGAAAAUGUGGGACACAGCCUUGCUCAGCUCCUCCAGCAGCAGAGAGCAACACGAGUGCUGACUGUCUGAACCUGACUGAGGUGCAGGAGGUGUGAUGCGGCUGUGAGGAGAAUAAGCUGUGCUUCUCCACCUGGCUCUGCCACUGGAACAGUCUCUGCUUCAGGUAGUGCUGAGGGAUGUCUGCUUUCUGUGCUCUGCUGGUGCAGGAAGGAGGCUAUGUGAGAAGAGAGGAGUUCUAACCGUGGGGUGAGAUUCAGUAGAAGCCUGGGCCCUUGCAAGGACCUCUGGCUGGUGCUGCUGCCCUGACCCAGCCAUCCCUCCAUAACUGGGAAGGGCUGCAUGUGUGCUCCAGCCCUUGUACAAGCAGAGCCCUGUCCCUUGGGGGUGGCUGGGGGCCUUGCUGGCAGGGUGUCUGACCAUCUUCCAGACCUGCAGAGUACCUGGCCUGUUGUGAUUCUCAUGCUGCUGACUGGCACCCUGCUGGGGAUGGAUGGCAAUGGCAAGGAAUGUGGUGCUGCUGGCUGGACGGGCGUCCUAACGUGGAGGUGAAGCCACAUGUUGGAGCAAGGCAAGGUUGAUGCACUUUCACUGAGGAGAGGGUUGCCUGUAGUAGAGGGAGCCUUUCUUGAUCACAUCUGGUCUUUCUUUUCUUCUAGCAAACCUGAUCUGCCUCAUUCAGACUGAGCAUUUCUGCAGUGGGUAAUUGUAGAGGGAGAGGUGUGCAGGGCAAAUUGACUCCUGGCACAGGGGAGGAGUCUGCCUUCGCAGGUGAAUGGUUGUCUGAUAUCCUGACGUGCUACAAACACCCCCAGAUGCCCUGUUUGGCUAGCAGAGUGCCACUCUGGGGGCACACUUGUGUCCUGCUGGUGCUCCUGGCUUGACCAGAAGCUCCUGUGGCUUGUACAGUUGAAAAGAGGUGAGGCUAAGGGGAGGAAAGGCUUCCCUGAAGAGUGAGCAGUGCUUAGACCUGACUGCAUUUACUAGCUCUGCUCUCCUGUUACAGCACCCUUCAAAGCAGAGCCUAUUGCUCCACCUUACGCAGGAUGCAACUGACUGAAAGUGGUUGUUCUCUUGGAGAUGCACAUAGAACAACACAUCACAUUCCUCAGAAGGACAAAUCCUGUCUUACUGAUCCAGCCAUUGCUUGCCAUUUCCAAAGACUGGAGUGUGUUCUGUGUUGUGCUGCCAGAGGAUUUAGAGGCAGGAAUUUCAGGCUGUCUCUUGAAAGGAGCAUCCGGAGGCAGGGGAAGGUCAUAGUCACUCGGAGCUGGACUGAAUGUGCUGUUGCUUGCCAGGAGGAGGGACUUUAUUUCCUGGUUUACUUGCUAAUUCCCCAUGAGUUUGGGCAUGUGUGAGAAAGUGGAUUGGUCCAGCUGGCUGACCAAGAGCCUCUUCUCCAUCUCUUUGUUUUGGUCUGGGAUCCUUUCUGUCAUACCUGAGCUCAUUGGUGUCUUUCAUCCUUUGUUUCUUUCCUCAUCCUCACAGUGGUGUGGCUUUGCUUGCUGUUCUGUGUGCUGUGGAUGUCAGCCACUCUCCACUUCUCAGUGAAAAGAGUUUUCCUUGAUGCCACUGAGCAGUUCCUGCUGCAGUGCUGGUGGGAGUUGCCCAUCUGUGGCUCGUGUGCAGCGCUAGAGCUGCUGGCUGGCUGUGACCUUCCUCUGCUGGGCAGGUGUGUGUCGCACACGGUGCUGUCCUUGGGCACACCCCACACCCUGGUUCUCAAUCUCAGGAGCUGAUUCCACGUUGCCACUUUCUCUUGCACUGUCCCUGUAGUGAGUCAUCUGUCGCUAGCUGGACUCGAUGCUCUCUUUUCAGGUUUUGGGUAUUCUUUGGUACUGUGUCAUGGUCGCUUUGAAUGCAGAAUGCUGGCUGAGCCCAGACAGCACCACUGCUCUGGUGGGAUGGUUGUGAAAGUUUGCAUUAGGGAUGAUGGUUUUAUGGAGGGGAACUUCCAGAACAGCCAACAGCUCUUCAGCUGUGAGUUUUAUUUCAGGGCUUCCCAUGAGCCUUGUUUAAUAGUCCUGUAUUGUUUUCCUUGAAACACAAGAGCAGCUCGAUCUGUCCUGAUGCAGAGCAGCUGGAGGCUAAUGCUCAAGGCUCCUCUCCACCAUUCUGAAGCUUGAAUCUGAGGCCUUGUGUGUGUGAGCAGGGCCACGAGGGUUAGCAAGCAUUGUUCUUGUUGCUGUAGACCUGAGGCAGAAAAGGUGAGCAAGGUUCAUGUCUGACAAAUACACACCUAGAUUUUAACUGGAGUGCUUUGGUCUGGCUCAGGAGGUGAUAGGAAAGCAAGGAGUAGAAUUGAGACCUGAGUUCCUCACUGGCCUUGGGCCUCAGGUCAGGAGUAAAGACAAGAAUCCCAGGGAGUUUCCCCCAUAGAGCUGCUGCUUCAGGAAAUCUCUUCUGUAUUUAAUCCCUGUUUGUGCUUCUGGCUUUAGGACAGAAGUAGUGUUUGAAGCCUGCUUUUCCUUGUUGACUUCUUCCAGAUACCCACACCCUCACCUCUGUGCCCCUGUGGGGUCUGUGGCAUUUCCUAACUCCUGGGACUGCAGAGCAACCCCAGGGUUUGGCAUGGGCUGCUGUCACACCUGUUAGACUCAAAUGAUCUGCAGUUGCCAGGUUGCUGUCUCAGGGUAGGUCAGUAUUUGCACCUUGCAAAAUUGGUCCACAACCAAAUGUGUGCAGGAGGAGGAGUGAGCAGCGGAGUGGCAGAGUUGAACACCUGGAGGCUUCUGAAGGAGUUCAAGCCUGCUGGUGAGGGCCUGUGUUCCAAAUGCUGCAUUUUGCUGCUGUCUGCAAAAGUCAAAAUGAUGACUGGUAAAUGAAGCCAAAGUACACAGUUUGGAUUUUUUUUUGAGGGGGGGUUGUUUUGGCUGAACAGAGCUACUAGAACUUAACCUAUGCUGUGUAUUUGUACUUCUCUGAAGAGAAUAGUUUUCUGUAGCUUGAAGUAUACUUGUAAGUAGAUUUCUGUGUGGAUGCAUCCUCUCCCUGUCCCAUGGCAAAGUUUGUGAAGAGCCUCUCUGUGGGCUUCUGUGUGGAUGCAUCUUCUCCCUGUCCCAUGGCAAGGCUUGUGAAGAGCCUCUCUAUAGGCUUCUGUGUGGAUGCAUCUUCUCCCUGUCCCUUGGCAAGGCUUGUGAAGAGCCUCUCUGUGGGCUUCUGUGUGGAUGCAUCUUCUCCCUGUCCCUUGGCAAGGCUUGUGAAGAGCCUCUCUGUGGGCUUCUGUGUGGAUGCAUCUUCUCCCUGUCCCUUGGCAAGGCUUGUGAAGAGCCUCUCUGUGGGCUUCUGUGUGGAUGCAUCUUCUCCCUGUCCCUUGGCAAGGCUUGUGAAGAGCCUCUCUGUAGGCUUCUGUGUGGAUGCAUCUUCUCCCUGUCCCUUGGCAAGGCUUGUGAAGAGCCUCUCUGUAGACUUCUGUGUGGAUGCAUCUUCUCCCUGUCCCUUGGCAAGGCUUGUGAAGAGCCUCUCUGUGGGCUUCUGUGUGGAUGCAUCUUCUCCCUGUCCCUUGGCAAGGCUUGUGAAGAGCCUCUCUGUGGGCUUCUGUGUGGAUGCAUCUUCUCCCUGUCCCUUGGCAAGGCUUGUGAAGAGCCUCUCUGUGGGCUUCUGUGUGGAUGCAUCUUCUCCCUGUCCCUUGGCAAGGCUUGUGAAGAGCCUCUCUGUGGGCUUCUGUGUGGAUGCAUCUUCUCCCUGUCUCUUGGCAAGGCUUGUGAAGAGCCUCUCUGUCAGAAGAGCGCUUGGUGUUGGGCCACAAGGGAUAUCCUCUGCAUGUCAGCGAGCACAGCCACAGGAAGAGAAGGCAGCCACAGCAAGAGCUCAGUGUUUAGGGAGUGCUGUAGGCCGUAGUGUGGCAGACACCAGGCUGUGACCCGACACGUGGGGAUGACCCUCAGAGGCUGCCGUCCUGGCGCGGAGGCACCGCAUGCUUGUGCUUGCUGGCACUCGGAGCUGAGUGCCCACGCUGGCUGUGCUGCCGAGUGGCUGAGGAUGUUAGAGCUGCUGGGUUGGAUGGGAGAGCAACCUUGCAAGCCUCUGUCGUUUCCACAAAGUACUUCUUACAUGGACCUCUGCAGGGGCAUGCUUGAGCAAGCGAGUCCAGCUUCUGCCCUGAGAAGCUCCUUGUGCCGCCGCCGUAGUUGAGAGGCUCUGUAAGGAGAUGGGCAGAAGUGGGAGAGAGCAGGGGGAGCCUGCUCGAGUCGAGAGCCAGUCAGAAAACACUUUAGUGGAGGAGAGCACAAUGAAAACAUCAUCAAACCGAUAUGAGGGCCACAGGCAUGCCCUGUUUCUAGCUGGACGUGUGGCAGAGUAUGCUUGUAAGUGUUCUUGUUCUGCUUUUCUGCCUGGCGGUGCCACUUCCUUCCUGCCAUGGCUCAUUGUCUGCUGAACCUACAGAGAGGUCAUUUCCAGGUAGCCGGCAAGAUGCCCUAGUGCCGGGUGGCUGCUGCUCGUGUGCUUGGGGGUCUCUUUGCCUCGUUCUCCCCUCCCUCCCCCUAGGUCACGAUGAGUGUCAUGAUAGAGUAACAAUUCCGGUGGUGGUCAAACUGCUGGGAAAGGUCUUUGUGUGCUUGCGAUAUUGCAGCUCCUCCUACAGGCCUGCCUGCUCCGAACCACCUUGCUCCUACAGGUACUGGACCAAAUACCCACAUCGAGUUUGAGUUUGUGUCCCCUCCUUGUGUGUGUUCUUUUGUAUUUUGAUGCCUUCUCUCUGGGUGGAUUAAUCCCAGAUCGUUUAGAGGGAAAAAAAAAAAAGGAACUGUGUAGCUCUUUAAGAGAUGAGAAUAAAAUGACUUAAUUUGGGACUAAGUGAAUGAAGUUCUUGCACCUUUGUAAAUGUUGAAGAGGAGUUCCAUUGCUGUGUAAUGGCUGAACCUUUUAACUUAUUAAACCACAUGGAAAUCAAA